UUAUCGUCCGACGACGUAUACUUACCUAAUAAUAAUAAUGUUACUCGUUUGAUGUAUUAUUUUUCCAUCGACAACCUUCACAUUUGUGUGCGCGGAAUGCUACGUUUUUUGUUUCGCACACGCGGAGAAUAAAUUAUCGAAAUACUUGCCGAUUUCGUGACAACCACCGCUCAAUAAUCAGCAGGUUGCGUACACCGCGCCGCAGAAGUACGACAACGACUUACAGCCGUAGUGGUGGAAUGGAAUAACAGACCGUCAAUCGUGAAUCGUUUUCUUCGCGGUUCAACAAGUCAGCGACCACCGCAAACAUGACGGUUAUGGGUCAUCAGCGCGGUCCGUGUGCAUAACGACUUCGUGGUGGAUGCAUCGCGUCAAUCAGCAAUCUCUUGCUCUCCGUCAGCCUUCCAAUAACGAUAAUUACGAUUCCGAUCGACAUGCACGGCAGCAAGUAGUGCCAAUCCUAUUAUCCUACCACUUCGUUUUUCGGAUUCAUUUCGUUCAUUUUCCUUUCGAUUUCGUGAACUUUCACAAGGUUUUUCUCCUCAUCUCUCUCUUUUCGUUGCAUGGCGUUAUCUCUUUUACCGUGACUCAACUAGUUUAGUGUGUGUUUGUGCAGACCAUGGCGCCCGUUUUGAGCAAAUACGUGUCUCAAAAGAAUGCCCUCAUCGGUGGAGCUGUGGCCGGAGUGCCUUUGGUUGUUUUUCUGUUAAAGAAAUACGCUUUUCAAAAGAAAAAAUUCGUUAAAAGGAAAGCUCCUGAAAAUGAUAUCAAGUACCUUAUAGUUGAUAAAUCAACUGAAGGGAAAAAUAACAAGGCUCAUGUAAAUGCCCGUUUCAUUAAGCAACUCUUUCAAAUAUUAAAAAUUGUUAUUCCUGGUUUUGCAUCUCCGGAAUUUGGGUUCCUCCUACUUGUUGCUGCAUCACUAAUAGCCAGAUCUUAUAGUGACAUAUGGAUGAUACAGACUGGAACUGUUGUUGAAACAGCAAUUAUUAGUAUGAAUACAGAUUUGUUUAAAAAACAAUUGUUAUACUUUUUUGCUGGAAUGCCUAUUAUUUCUUUGGUUAAUAAUGUGUUAAAGUGGAGUAUUGGAGAAUUGAAAUUACGACUUAGAACGAGACUAACCCAUCAUUUAUAUAAUGAUUAUUUGAGAGGGUAUACAUAUUAUAAGAUUAACAAUUUGGACAACCGAAUAUCCAACCCUGACCAAUUAUUAACAGCUGAUGUUGAUAAGUUCUGUGAUUCAUUUACUGAUUUAUAUUCCAAUAUCUGUAAACCUUAUUUAGACAUUGUGAUAUAUGUUUACCAAUUAACAACUACACUAGGAUUCAAAACACCUUCUGUAAUGUUGGGAUAUUUGAUGGUGUCUGGUUUUAUUCUUACUUAUUUGCGUCGACCAACUGGAAGAAUGACUGUUACGGAACAAAAAUUAGAAGGGGAAUACCGUUAUAUUAACUCUAGAUUAAUCACUAAUUCUGAAGAAAUAGCUUUUUAUAAUGGUAAUAACAGGGAAAAGCUUACUAUGUUAGCUUCAUUUAAUAAAUUAACUACACAUUUAAGGAAAUUCCUCGAAUUUAGAGUGUAUGUUGGUUUUAUUGAUAAUAUUGUAGGAAAAUAUAUUGCUACUGUUGUAGGAUUUUAUGCUGUUAGUAUACCUUUUAUGACUACCAGUUCACCUUUGGCCCAUGUCUCACAAAAUGAACGUUUUCGAAAUUAUUAUACAAUGGGCCGCAUGUUAGUAAAAUUAGCUGAAGCCAUUGGUCGUUUGGUAUUAGCUGGUCGUGACAUGACACGUUUAGCUGGAUUCACUGCCAGAGUGACUGAGAUAAUGACUGUACUGGAUGAUCUCAACAAAGGACACUAUAUACGGACCAUGUUAACAGAUAAUAAUACUUUAAAAGAAAAGAAACUGAUACCAAAUUCUGGUCGUAUUAUAACCAAAGAUAAUAUGAUUAAGUUUGACAAAGUACCACUUGUAACUCCAAAUGGCGAUGUAUUAGUUGAAGAAUUAUCAUUUGAAGUUAAAUCUGGCAUGAAUGUGUUAGUUUGUGGACCAAAUGGUUGUGGAAAAUCAUCCUUGUUCAGAAUUCUUGGCGAAUUAUGGCCUCUAUUUGGUGGAACCUUGACAAAACCUCCUAAAGGCAAACUUUUUUACAUUCCACAAAAACCAUAUAUGACAUUAGGUACAUUGAGAGACCAAGUUUCUUAUCCUCAUACUAAGGAAGAAAUGCAACGUCGUCGAAAGACUGAUUUAGACAUAGCCCAACAUCUCGAACGUGUACAACUAUCAUAUUUACUACAGAGAGAUCAAGGUUGGGAUACCGUUGCAGAUUGGAUGGAUGUUUUGUCUGGUGGUGAAAAACAACGUAUUGCCAUGGCUAGAUUAUUCUAUCAUCAACCACAAUUUGCAAUAUUAGAUGAAUGUACUAGUGCUGUUAGUGUAGAUGUAGAGGGCUCUAUGUAUCAAUAUUGUCGUGAUGUGGGUAUUACACUUUUUACUGUUAGCCAUCGUAAAUCUUUGUGGAAACAUCAUGACUAUUACUUGCAAAUGGAUGGCAGAGGAUCUUUUGAAUUUAGCAAAAUUGAUUCAGAUACUGAAGAAUUUGGUUCAUAA